UUCUUACCGCAAUCUUUUUCACAUCUUUUCAUCCAAGAAGUAUGAAAAAUAAUAACAAUAACAAUAGACAUGUUGACAAAGUAAGGGGUACAAAGUACAGUAUAGAGAUAAAGUCAUACAGAUAAAAUACAGAUACGGGAACAAUCUACGUCCUCGAGAAAAGUAACAAAGUACUCUCCUACUUGGAUACCUGCAGCGGCUGUGGAUAUGUGAACGGCUUGUUUACGUCACAUGCUUGAUCAAAUAUUAAAGCAACAGCAAUGUAAUGGUAAUCCAAUGUAGGCGCAUCAAAUGGGCAUUGUCAAUUCCACAAAGUGCAAUACGGUGUCUUGUGUGGGAGGUGACGCUCGCGCUGUUGCUGCAUCCGAUUUUGCAGGCACAAGAGGCGUCAAUAUCCCCGCUAGGUGGCGACCUUGAUCUGAUGCGGCUCACCUUGGACCGGCGUCCGCGCUUGACUGCUUGCCAGACAACAAGCUGGAUCAGCACACUCAAAUGCUGCGUUGCAUAUUAAGCGUCUCGCGUCCGCUGGACGGGGAUGAUGCGGGCUAAUAUAUGAUUGCGCGACCGUCACCCUGAAAGCAACGCGGCGGCUGCAUUGUGCAUCAAAUGCUUUGUUGACCGGCGCAGUUUAUCCUUAAAUGUCACUCAGUGACCCACCGAAUUUUAUGAUUGUGUAGCAAAUGUUGCGUGGAAAUGUCACCUCACUCCAUCUCCAUCUAGUCUCUCCCAACUGGUGAAAAAAGAGUGACUUGUGCGGGGAGGGAGGGAGUUAUUUGAGAACCCCCUCCCCUUGUCCCCUUCCCCUCCAUAGCGCCACCUUCUCUCUCCAUUUCCCAUUUGGAUUUACUGGGGGUGCAAGUCGGUGAAGACCCGCCUCCAGCCUGUAGUGCGCCGGCUGGUGCGUCUGUGCGCCCGAGUCGGCUUCGUUCCCUUAUUCCACUGGGGAAGAGGGUGAGGGAAGGAGAGAGAGGGAGAGAGAGAGAGGAGAGAGAGAGAGAGAGAGAGAGAGAGAGAGAGAGAGAGAGAGAGAGAGGAGAGAGAGAGAGAGAGAGAGAGAGAGAGAGAGAGAAAGAGAAAGAGAACUGGACCCGAGAGAAGAAGCGCAAACAAGUAAAUAAAGAGAAAAAGAAAAGAAGGAGCAGAACAUAGGGAACACAAAUGGCACUCAUGGCGGAGAUUUUCUUCACGGUUGCCUUUCUUGUUUCUGGAAUUUCUUCACUUUCUCCGUCACGGACAUACCCGUCGAAUGAAGUCACGUUAUUGGACUCCAGAGCUGCUCAGGGGGAGCUUGGAUGGGUCGCCAACCCAACAGAAGGAGGGUGGGAGGAGGUGAGCAUCAUGGAUGAGAAGAACAUUCCCAUCCGGACAUACCAGGUGUGUAAUGUGAUGGAACCAAACCAGAACAACUGGCUCCGAACAGACUGGAUCCCUCGUGGAGGUGCCCAGCGCGUCUACAUCGAGAUCAAGUUCACCCUUCGAGACUGCAACAGCCUUCCUGGGCUCAUGGGAACUUGCAAGGAGACCUUCAAUCUUUACUACUAUGAGUCCAACAAUGACAAAGAGCGCUACAUCCGUGAAAACCAGUUUGCUAAAAUUGACACUAUUGCCGCUGAUGAAAGCUUCACCCAGGUGGACAUCGGUGAUCGCAUCAUGAAGCUUAAUACAGAGGUGCGAGAUGUGGGGGCCCUGGCCCGAAAGGGCUUCUAUUUGGCCUUCCAGGAUGUCGGAGCAUGCAUUGCACUUGUGUCAGUCAGGGUCUUCUACAAAAAAUGCCCUUUGGCGGUGCGUAACUUGGCCCAGUUUCCUGAUACCAUCACUGGAGCCGAUACCUCCUCGCUUGUGGAAGUUCGCGGAUCGUGUGUGGAUAAUUCCGAAGAGAAAGAGAUUCCCAAAAUGUACUGUGGAGCUGAUGGAGAGUGGUUGGUGCCCAUUGGAAACUGCCUAUGCAACCCUGGGUAUGAGGAGCGAAAUGCAGCCUGUCAAGCCUGUAAGAUUGGUUACUUCCGUGCUCUGGCCACUGAUGGUGCCUGUUCAAAGUGUCCACUCCAUAGCUACUCUGUCAGGGAGGGCUCCACCUCCUGUGCCUGCGACAAGGGAUAUUUCCGCUCAGAAACGGACCCGGCAUCAAUGCCCUGCACCAGGCCUCCGACAGCGCCUCUCCACCUCAUCUCCAAUGUGAACGAGACCUCUGUCAACCUUGAGUGGAGCGCGCCAAGGAGCUCAGGAGGACGCCAGGAUCUGACAUACAAUGUAGUGUGUAAACGCUGUGCGCCCGAUGGACGACGGUGUCAGCCUUGCGGCAACACCAUACACUUUAGCCCCCAGCAGCUGAGUCUGAAGGGCACCAGAGUGUCCAUCAAUGAGCUCCAGGCCCACACCAACUACACCUUCGAGGUGUGGGCUGUCAAUGGCGUCUCCCCACAGAGCCCUGGACCAGAACAGGCAGUGUCUGUGACUGUCACUACCAACCAGGCCGCUGGUCCCGUAAGGGGUCGCCACAACAUGUCAUCUCAGAUGAAUGCUCAUAUUUGUUUGGCACAGUGUUUGCACCCGAUGCCCUUCCUGACGCAACUCCUCUGCAUUUAUAUGGAGAGAGCUGGAGCCUAUCCAAGCUAACUUCGGGCAAAAGGCAGACUAUACACCCCAAACUCAUCGCCAGCCAGUUGCAGGGCAGAUAUCAACACCAUGACUGAGCGGGAAACGACCCCAUGCUGCCUGCACCAAAGGCAGGCGUGUGUACCACUACACCAUCAGUGACUCUACUUAAAAUAAAACUCACUGCUUUAAAAGUAACUUGUUUUUAGACCACUUUUUUCAUGCUAAUUUCUACUUGAAAUAAGCAAAAAGAAAAUGUUGAUUUUUUUUUUUUUUACAAUGACAAAUAUCUACUUACUGCAGGUGAAAUUUUGCUUUAAACGAAUGAAAAAUGCUUUAAAACAAGCUACAUGCUAUGUAGGUGAUGAGGUGAUGAGUCUUAUUUUAUAUGUGAUGAGUAUUACUUUAAGUCUAAUCUGAUUAGUUUUGAUGGAAAAAUAAGGCAAAUAUUCUUGGCAAAAUGUUAAGCUUUUGCAGUGUAGCAUUGUCUUAACUCGUGUGUACUGGAGGGGAGAUGCUAACGCUGUAUUACGUCACAUAUGCAUUACUAGGUUUACAAAAGAUUAUCAUUAAAGAUGAGAACAUUUUCAGUGACACAUUCCUUUUGGUGUGAAAUUAUUUUCUUUUGAAAAUUCACGUGAAUUUUGCAUAAUCGUGCAUGUGAAGCCUGGGAUGAGACAAGUGGCAAGGUGGUAUUUUUAGAGGUGGAGCUAAUGGAUUAGACGAGUUGUGUUGAUCCACUGAGGUAUCAUUAUAAAUGCUGAUAGAAAUUGUUUGUGUAAUUAUGGAAGUGCAAUAUGUCCAUGAAUGCAACAUCUUCUCUUGAGCUCCAGAAGAGCCCUUGUAAGUUCGAGGAUGCAUCCAGACCCUCCUGUUGUUUUGCCAUUCAGCCAUUUUGUAACUGGUUGUUGUGCAAAUGGCUUUUAUGACCCUGGUGCUUUCUUGUCAUCCCUCCCUGCUCUCCACCACUUAAAGCUGAUCAUUACUUGGGACUCCUUUACUGCUCUGCUCUUGGGUGGCAAGCUAAGUGCCGUUUUUGUGUCACUUUUGAUCACUAAUUCCUAUCCCUGAGAAAAGUGAAUGUCUUGAAUGCUGCUUGGACCGGCAAUUUGAGGACACUGGCUUGAUUUAUCAGACGGGGUCAGGAAAAUACAGAUGAAUGGCUGUGCUGCCAGACAGCUAUGUGUAGGAGCUGUAAUGGAGUGCACCCUGGAGUCAUGGCCGGGGGGUUUGCACCGGGUCUCACCGGCGCACAAUUGUGCAAAACAGUCCAAAAAGUGCACACCCACGCAUGGAAUCGGACUGAGGCACGCAAAGUGACAUCCCUCUAUGAUUUAAGUAGACUAAACUGCAGACUGCAGGUUUUAUGAUACAGAUGUUGCCUUUGACUUGUCCCCUGUACAUGUGUCACAACUGUUCCACAGGAUUAGAUUGAAGGUACUGUACUUGUAACGUGAAGUGUCUGCAUGUCUGAACUGAAGUGAAAAGUGACCUAUAGACAGCGUUUACACAUUGAGACAAUUCACAUUUGCCCCUCAAACAAUGUUGCCUGUGUAUCCAUGUCUCUUUGAGUAUGUGUGGGUGCCUGUGUGUGUGUGUGUGUGUGUUAAGGAGGAUAUCUCCAGAAUGAUUGGAUUUCUUUCUGCUAAUGCUCAGUAGAGGCUUUGGAAUCUCUGGUUUCAGCCUCUAGUAAUACAGCUCGUCAUUUGCGGCUGUUCCUUUCCCUGUGCUGACUCCCUUCAUCCAGACAUGGUGGAUUACGCAUUUAUUAUGAUAGAUUUAUUAGGAUUUAUAACUGCUGUGGAAAAGAUGGCCCAGCCUCUGCCACCUCCCCAUUAAUGUUCGAAUUUCAGUUGGAAAAGGAAAAGGUGAGGGAGGCAGGUUGGAACGAAGAAACACUCUGACUACAAGGAAAAUUAAUGUAGGUCUUCAGAAAACCACGCCAAAAGAAAAUUAACACAUUAGCACUGUUGAUUGCAUGUGCCUGAUUCUGUGACUAGUCGUGUGUGUGUGUGUGUGUAUACACAACUGAGUCAGACUCUUCGAUUCCAGUGGCAUAAAUCAGUGAGAGUGUAACCCCAUCACCUGAACAGCAAGAGGAGUGGGAGAGUGAGGAAGGGGUUCGGUUGCUGGGAGGGUCAAACUUUGAACCGAGCCCUGGUUAUAAAGCAGAACGUUUUCCCCCCUUUAUGGUUUCAAACACUUUGUGUGUCUGUAUUGUGACAAAGAGAGAGAGAAACAAAAAUAUUAAAAAUGAAGGUGUUUAUGUCUCGAUAAUAAAUUCUUGGCAACCUUAUGUGAAUUAGAGCAUGAGAAAGUGUCUGUGUGGGGGGCUUGCCUGUCAGCGAACAUGUGUCUAAGUUUCCAUCUUGCUGGCAAAAUGGACAUGUGCAAAUGUGUUUGGGGAGAUGGAAGUAGCCGUUACAUGGGGUGGGAAAGGAUCUUGUAAGCAGAAGCCAUUUUCUUGACACUGUGAAAUACAGCUCCCUCCGCAUCUUUUUUUCCCUUGGUGACACCAAAACUGAGGGAUUUCAAUCUGGCAGCCGGGCUUCAAUCUGGCACCCACAUGUACUACCCAACAGGUCUCUUUCUUUCUUUUUUUUUUUUUUUUUGGCAAAUGGUAAUCGAAAGCAUAUUUGCACAACACCUUAUGCCGACCAUAUAUGCUCCACACUGCACAAACAGUAAAAGACGGUAGCAAAGUCAAACCUCAAAAAGCUACGUUUUAUGAAGCGAUAAUUUAUGACAAAUGCAAACGCAUCGAGAAUGUCACCAGUUCUCAAUGAUUACAGGUGCUAGCUGGUCUGUUCAAUUUUUGUUCGUCAACUUCUCUAUUCAGAAAAGGCAUGUUUAGUUAUCCAUCCAUCCAUUCAUCCAAUUUCUGAGUCGCUUAUCCUUACAAGGGUUGCAGGAGUGCUGGAGCCAAUCCCAACUGUCGGGCAAGAGGCAGUGUACACACUUAACUGGUUGCCAGCCAAUCACAGGGAUCACAGAGACAGACGGCAGUCACACUCACACUCACACUUAAGGGCAAAUUAGAGUCUCCAAUGAAUGUAUGUUUUCGAGAUGUGGGAGGAAACCCAUGCAGGCAAAGGGAAAGGGAAAACAUGCAAACUCCACAUGGGUGGAAUUUCAGCUCUAACCAUUUGCGCCACCAUGUUUGGUUAUAUGGUUGAACAAUAUUUCAAAUGUGUCCAUAUAUUGGCUUUCAUUUUCUUUUAAUCUUUCCACAAUAUAUCAUGAAACAUCCUUUUUUAAAUCAUCUCUGUUGUGUCAGGGUGGUUUGUAACCUUGCGGUCUCCUGGAAGGAAAUCGCAGGAGGGACCACUCAAAAGUCCACUCAUCUUCAUCCUCACAUUAGUUGAGGGAGAAAUAAAAAUGCAACAAGAGAACCAGAACACAAUUAAAUCGCAAUAUCUGUCAUCUUUGGAGAAAAGAUGGAUGUGUGGAUUGCUGGAGUGGAACAGAGGUUAGUGAACCCUCUGGGUUUUCUCUUUCGUAGCUGAAGUGUCCUUCCUAAGUCCCAUGGGGGGCUUCAAAUUGGCUCUCCAUGGCUGGGAAAGAUUGAUCGAGAGAUACAAAUGGCCGACGUCUAAUUGUUUAACAGAGAUGCAACACAUUAGGCUAACACAACCUUGGGUUAAUCCAUUUACCGAGAGAUGCCUGCAAUCCCAUAGCUCUUCAUCUCCAGCUCAGAUCCCACCAGUCGCACUUGAAAAUGUCCCCUCCUGCUUCUGCGUUGCCUGCCUGAAAUUCAAUCCUGGGCUGGUGCUUAAAUUCCAGGCCUGUUUGAACUCAAUCCGCAGCUAAAAGCAGGGUUUUGUUAGCGUAAGCUUAAAUACUCAGCUCCCUGGGGCUCAUAGUCAAAGCGAUGAGAAUGUAUAUAAUGUCAUAGAUAAUCCAAUCGUGAUCUUUGGAUAGGGAACGCCUCAUUAAUCACUCCACUGUAAUGUUUUAAAAGACAGACAUUUAGGAAGGGUACAGUGUCGCUGAGGAGCACAAGUCCCAAGAAGGACUUUAUUCUCUGUAAAACUUCAAGGGCAAAUAAAAUACUGCCUAUGCAAAGAAAAUGAUAGCAAAGUUGGUUGGUCAAACGUGUCUAAAUGUGUCCAAGAUUUUUAAAUUCUCACAUAAGCUCUUCUGGACAUGCCAAUGAGGAUUAGAGGACAUUUUCUUCUCUCGUCAUGUACUUUGCUUUGUACCAUUGGGUAUGUACAGUGGAUAUGGAAAGGCUUUACAUGACUGGUAAAAUGCCAUGUUUUUAUGAUGUAAAAAUAAAAAGACACCAAGUAAAAUGUUUUUUUAUUCACCAUGCUUUUUUUUGGGGGGGGAGUAAAAAUGAACUACAUUAAUAUGAUUGCACAAGUGUGUACAUAUUGUUAUAAACACCUAGGGAGUUGUCUUCAUAAUUCACUCGUCCCAUUCAAAUGCAUGUUAAAUGUAUUUUAGAACACACCUGCCCAGAGAUGGCAAUAAGUCACUUAUGUGCCAGUCACAAACAAGUCUCAAGUAAUGAUCUUUAAGUCUUACCUAAGUCCCAAGUCAAUGCAGGGAAGGAAAAAAAAAAAAAUCAAGCAAGCCAAAUCAACUGAAGAACUGAGAUCAUGAUUGAUUUAAUUUAUUGCACUGAAAAGCUGUAUUUCAAACUCAAUUUAACUGCACUUUAUUUCUGAACUAUGCUGUAUACCUUGUGAUGACAGCCUUGUAAAUCUAGUGAUUCUCAAGAGAACACCAUUAAACAAAAGCCAAAACUUUCUUCUUUUGGCCAAUUAUAAU